UAUAAAAACCAGCUCACACGCCUCCUCCCUCCCUCACUCCGCCUGCCCUCCUGCCUCACCCUCGCCUCCUCGCCAUGGCCGCCUCCACCCUGUCCCUGUGCUCCAGCGACCUGAGCUACGACAGCCGGGUCUGCCUGCCCGCGUCCUGCGACUCCUGCCCUGAGUCUUCCUGGCAGGGGGACGACUGCCCGGAGGAGAGCUGCUGCCAGCCGCCCUGCCGCCCCUGCGGCCCCUGCCCGACCCUCCUCUGCUCCCCCGUGAGCUGUGGCUGCGGCCCCUGCCAGCCGGCCUGCCCCUGCGGCCCCUCCUGCUGCCAGCCCUGCUGUGUGCCCGCCUGCUGCCAGCCUGUGUGCUGCAAGCCUGUGUGCUGCGUGCCCGCCUGCUGCCAGCCCGUGUGCUGCAAGCCCGUGUGCUGUGUGCCCGCCUGCUGCCAGCACGUGUGCUGCAAGCCCGUGUGCUGCGUGCCCGCCUGCUGCCAGCCCGUGUGCUGCAAGCCCAUGUGCUGCGUGCCCAUCUGUUGCGAGGCCUCCCCCUGCUCAGGCCCCUCGUGCCGCCCGCCCUGCUGCAGCCCCUGCCCGCCCACCUGCUGUGGGGGGUCCCCCUGCCGGCCCUCAUCCAGCGUGUCCCUGCUGUGCCGCCCUGCGUGCUGUGCCCCCGCGUGCCCGUGCCCGUGCCGCUCCUCCAGCGUGUCCCUGCUGUGCCGGCCCGCCUGCCCCCGCCCCUGCCCCGCCUGCUGUGAGUGAGGCCACCCUGUGGUGCUGAGAGCCGAGCGCCCGCACCGCACCCCCAGAUCCCGCUGGGGUCUGUGCCCCCCCCCCCCGAUGCCCUGGGAGCAGCUCACCCGCUCCUGCAGCACCCGCACCCCCGUCCCCGUGCCCUGACCCCAGUGACCCCAGGCCGGGGGGGGCUCAGGCCUCUGGUGUCGGCCCCCUUGUGCCCCGGCCAGUCCUGACCCGGGGGGCUGCCCCUCAGGACGGGGCCUCAGGAAGCUGCCAGCCCUCUGGCCUCUGGGUACAGCCUUUCCCCUGUCCUCACUCUCUGCCCUGACCAAACCCCCAACCCCAUGUGCACAUAGGAGAGCCUGUGUCUGCUGUGGGUACACCCCCCAGCACUGGCCACCCUCCCUCCCCACUGACCCCUCACAAAGGCCGCGGAUCCUGCUGGGCCCUGCUCCGCUGCUCCCCCC